AUGCUUCGCCGACUUGUAUCCUGCGCAUCGCCGCUGCGGUUGCGGGGCUGUGGGGCGGCUGGUGUCUUCGGUAAUGUCCGUUUUACUUCCACUGCGGACGCAUCGGCAGCAGCGCCCAUCAGCUCCUCCAAGGCGUCGACCUACGGCACUGUUCCCGAUAUCCCGAACCUGAACUUCCUUUCCAGCCCUGAUAACCUGCUUAACACCGUGGAUGGCACGGUGGAGGUGUGCGAGGCGUUGCUGAAGGCGAUUCCAAAGGCCAAGACGCCACAGGCAAAGCAUGACCUCAUCGACUCCACCAGCAACGUGCUCUGUCUGCUGCUGGACCCGUGCGAAUUUGUGCGUCAAAUUCACCCAGACGAGAACUACAAGCGUGGCGCCUCCCUCGCCUUCCAGAAGGGGUACGAGUACAUGUGUGAGGUGAACUCGCGGCGCGACCUCUACGACGUCAUUAAGGAGCUCGAUAGUCCGGAGGGCCGCAAAGGCCUGACGCCGGAGUCCGUCAAGAACGUCGUGCAGCUGAGGAGGGACAUGGAGAACAACGGCAUCCAUCUUGCAGACGCGCAGCGCGCCAAGGUGACGGAGAUGAACAUCGAGAAGGAAGAACUUGCGAUGCGCUUCUUGACUGAGCAGGGCUCGACCAACCCUUUCGGCACUCUCCGGUACCUCCUUCAGUGCCGCUACGAGCUGGCGCAGUUGCUGGGGUUUGAGAGCUACGCCGAGCAACAGCUGCGCGGGACGAUGCUGGAGAAUCAGGAGAACGUGUGGCACUUCCUUUGUAGCAUUGCGAGCAAAUAUCGUCUGCAGGCGGAGGCAGAGAUGGACCUCAUUCGUAAAAAUGUCGGUGAGGUGCGCAAUCGUGUCAACAUCACCGAUGAAUACCGAGCCCGCGUAGCGUCCUCGAUGCGGCGCGAUGCGGAGCCGGAGAAUGCGCUGGAAUACUUUUCCGUCGCGAACUGCGUGCGUGGCAUUCAGUGUCUCUGCUCAGAGGUCUUCGGUGUGAAGCUGGAGGAGGUCCCUCUCAACCCCGAAGAGGUUAUCAACACCAGUGUCAAGAAGUUUCAUGUGUACGAUGAGCACAAGAGGUUCCUCGGCGUGAUUGUGCUGGACAUGUACAUGAACGAGAUGAAGUACUGCCAGGCUGGUCACUUGACGCUGCAACUCGGCUGCGUGCCGCACCAGGAGGCCCUCGCCACGGUGGGGCUGCGCCUACCAAAGCGGCAGUACCCGGUGGUUGUGCUCACUGCAAAUGUUGGCGCGCUAAAGCCGGCGCAGCGCCGCCCCGAUGGCACAUACGACGAUGAGUCCACCCUAAUGCAGCCGAACGAGGUGACGACCGUUUUCCAUGAGUUUGGCCACGCCAUGCACACCAUCUUUGGACAGACCCAGGUGCAAAACUUGGCCGGCACGCGCUCAAGCAUCGACUACGUUGAGACGUUCUCGCAGCUCUUUGAGCAGUUCCUCUCGUCGCACGAGUUCUUAAAGCUGUGGGCGCACCGCAUCAACACUCGUGAGCCGAUAUCCUUCGACGUUGUGCAGAAGCGCAACAGCGCAGCGAACAUGUUCAAGCACCUGGAUAUGCUGGACCAGGUGGUGCUCUCCGCGGUGGACCAGGCGCUGCACGGGCCGCAGCCGUUAACGGUGUACUUCCCGCACGGGGACCAGGGUCACGUGGGCAAGCGCACGCUCGGUGACCUGGGCGACUACGGCCGCGGUGGGUUCAACAUGGCACGGGCCCUCAUUCAGGUGGCGAAGCCGGUCUCCGUCGCCGAGCCGACCGAAGCGGGCGUCCUGAGUACGCUAUCCUUUGAGCACCUUUCUGGAUACCCGGCAGGUUACUACGGCUACCUGUACAGCCUGAGCGUGGCGCGUCGAAUCUGGACGCAAAAGUUCGAGCGCGACCCGCUCAACCGCGAUGCCGGGCGUGAGCUGGUAGAGAAAGUCAUGUGCCACGGCGCCGCCUGUGACCCACGCGAAACCAUCGAGAAAUACCUCGGCGACAACCUCACAGAUAUUGAUAUUUGGGCCUAA